UGCUCAGUGCACCCAAAGUAGGGAAUUGGGAGCAGGAGCUGUUUGUGUCAUUACACGAGACCAGUGAGGGAUGGCUGCAGCCCGCUGGGAGAAGCACAAUCAGCCCGGCCAAGCCUCCCGCGUGACACAGCAUCGAUUCCUCCACCAGGCAUCCUGACAGCCUCCAACCUCCUCCAGCCUGUGCAACAGCCUCUGUUCUGCCUCCUUGCAGCCCAGUGACCUCCAAGACCCCUCCAGCCUGUGCAGGAGUCUUGAAUCAUCCAGCAUCAAGUGGGACCGCCUCAAAUCCUGCUCCAGACAGGGCAAGCCUCUUGGAUCCAUCAUAACAGCCUUCAAUCCCUCUUGAGUCUGUGCAACAACCUCGAACCCCAUAGUGCCCACCACAGCAGCUUGCAGUCCGCCUUCAACGGGUGCAACAGCCUUGAAUCCGCCAGCGUCCAGCACAACUGUCUCUAGCUUUCCUGAUAGCCUCAAGUCCACCAGCAUCCAGUUUGACAGCCUUGAUCCCACCUAAGCCUGUGCAACAUCUUUGAGUGCUCGUGCUCCACCAUUCAGCGUAAUAGCCUUUUAGCCUUGAAUUCUCUACUCAGUGAGACGACGUAUAUCCUUCCAUCCGGUGCAUUAGCUUCAAAUUCUCUUCAGGCUAGUGCAAUAGCUUCCAGAUUCCUGUCAUUCAUUGCAACAGCCUGUACCACUUCAGCCAACGCUAGUUACACCAUCCAGUGCAAUAAUCUCAAAUACUCAGUCACUGCCUCUGUGACUGCUGUCAUCUCGGAGCCCCCUCCCUGUCACAAAAGAGACAGUUUUCAGUAGUUGCGGCAUCAACUUUGUCACCUUGCCUUCAGGAAACAAUGGAGGUACGUGUCCCUCGGAGGAGCCCCAGUUACCUCUCUGGUCUGUAUGAGAACAUGCUAAGGGCUGAAGAAGCAUUGGGUCCAGGACGGUGGCAGCCGGAGCACCAGCCAUUGCGUGGCAGCUCCAGUCUGAGCACCCCACCCAAGAGGGAGCCACAACCAAGUCAUCUUCAGAGCAGCACGACUAUCAGCUGUGACCCACACCUGCAGCCUAUCAUACGCCGACGAGCCAGGUCUUUGCCCACUUCCCCUGAGAGGUUGAAGAAUACAGCAGCACAAUGCCGUGUUCCUGUGUGCAAGAGAAGCCGCAUAAACCGGGUGAGAUUUGCGGAUGCAUUGGGCUUGGAGCUGGCUGAAGUGAAAGUCUUUCAAGUUGGGGAGGACCCAUCCAUCCCCUUGCAUGUCCUCUCCAGGCUUUCCAUCAACUCGGACCUUUGCUGCAACCAGCUGGAUAUGGAGAUCACCAUGCAGUGCUUGGUGCCUGACUUCCAGCAGCCUGUGGACUGUGUGGACUUCUCCACCCGCCUUCAUCAGCAGCUGGUGUGUCUAGAAUGUGUGACCAGCUCAGACCUAGGGCUCAGUGGCACUAUCCAAGUUCUCAAUGUGGCCUUCGAGAAGCAGGUGUCUGUGCGCUACACCUUCAACCAGUGGAAGAGCGUGCAUGAAGUGUGUGCUCAUUGGCACAGCAGCAAUCCUCAGGAGGAUGGGAAGGGCCAAGCUGAUGUCUUCACUUUCUUUCUCCCCAUGCCUCCUUUCCUCCUGCAGCUGUGCUCUGUAGUCCAGUUUGCAGUGAGAUAUUGUGUCAAUGGGCAGGAGUACUGGGAUAACAACCAAGGUAAGAACUACAGCUUCACCUGCAGGAGUCACCUUCUCAAGAUGCCUAGGGAAUGUGAGGAGAGCUGGAUCCACUUCAUCUGAGCAAGAAGAAGAUAUAUGGAUAUGGA